AGCCUAGAAGGACCGAGAUGGCACUUCCGGGGAAAUGGCGGCGCACAAGUCACAUCUGCCACAUGUUGAGGACCUUGCAAUGAAGGGAUGACAGUGAUCUCUUCUCUGGUGAAAGCCUGAGGACAGUGACUCUUUUCUCACCAUGAGUGUCACUCCAGAGGUCAAGAGUCGUGGGAUGAAGUUUGCUGAGGAGCAGCUGCUAAAGCAUGGAUGGACUCAAGGCAAAGGCCUGGGCCGGAAGGAGAACGGCAUCACCCAGGCCCUCAGGGUAACGCUGAAGCAGGACACUUACGGGGUGGGACACGACCCUGCCAAGGAGUUCACAAACCACUGGUGGAAUGAGCUCUUCAACAAGACUGCAGCCAGCUUAGUAGUGGAAACUAGGCAGGAUGGAGUACAGAUCAGGCGCCUUUCUAAGGAGACCACUCAUCGUAAUCAUCCCAAGCCCAACAUGCUGUAUCAGAAGUUUGUGAAGACGGCCACACUGACUUCAAGUGGGGAGAAGCCAGACAAGGACUUGGAAAGCUGCAGUGAUGACGACAGCCAGGUGCCCAAGCCUCCAAAGAUUCUGACUGAUGAGAUGCUACUCCAAGCCUGUGAGGGGCGAACAGCACACAAGGCUGCCCGUCUUGGGAUCACAAUGAAGGCUAAGCUUGCUCGGUUAGAGGCCCAGGAGCAGGCCUUCCUGGCUCACCUCAAAGGCCAAGACCCUGGGACACCUCAGCUGCCAUCUGAGAGCAAGCCCCCCAAAAAAAAGAAAAAGAAAAGGAAGCAGAAAGAGGAGGAAGAGGCUAUAGCAACUGAAGGGAAUGCAGAAGAGUACCGACAGCACACUGACCAAAGCAUCAGGAAAAGCAAGAAGAAAAAACGGCAUCAAGAGGAAGAGGUCACAGAUGAGAGAGAGAGAUCAGCUGUAGAGAACGAGGGAGAAGAGACCACAGGAACAAGUGGGCCUGGGGAACACAGUGAUCAGUCCUUCAGGAAAAGGAAGAAGAAGAAGAGGCAGCACCAUGAAGAGGAGGUGAGGGUCUCAGAUAAUAAAGGAGGUAAGGAGGCUACCGAUGGUACAGAGGAGGUAGAGAGUAGGGCAUACACUGACCCAUGCAGCAGAAGCAGGAAGAGGCGGCAGCAUGAGGAAGAAGACCUGAACAUAGAGAAUGAAGAAGCUGAGGAGGCUGUUAGAUGGUGGGACCAGAGGAGCAGAAAGCACAUCCUGCAGUGAUGGGAAAAGCAGGAGAAGCAAGAAGAAAAGACAGAGGCAUCAAGAGGAGGAGGGGGAUGUCUUGGAUGUAAGGGACGAAGGAGAUGAGGAAG